AGGCUGGACUGGCAGGCCUGGGCUUCAAGGCCCUAGGUCCCUUUGCAGAGGGUGCAAGCCUGGGGCGGUGUUUGCGACCCCCUUCGGGCCAUUUAGCUGCGUUCUGCGAGCCACCUGGGUCCCCAGCACACCUGGGUCCCUCACACCUGUGUCCCUCUCACACCUGGACGCCCUGUUCGCCGGGUGCCGGCUGCAGGCCAGAGUCGGGUGCGCGGGCAAGGCCCUGGGGCCCGAGGGGAGAUCGCGGCACGCGCAGGAGCAGAACUGGUAGGCGAGAUGGACUCAGCUACCCUCGGGAGCCCAGACUUCUGGCCUCACUUUCCCCAGCAGUGAUUGGCGACUGUUUCUUCUAGCUGGAAAUAUUCGGUGUAGCGUUGAGGUCUUUGAGGAUUGAGCGCGGGGCAAAGACCCCUUUCCGCUAGCCGUGAGAGGGUCCGUUUCAGGAGAAUGUCCCCACCCGGCCUGGCUCGCCACGCUUUGUGAUUCCGGCUCCGGCUCCCUCCCCGCCCCCUCCCGGCGCCCGCUGCUCGGCUCCCGCCGACGCCCGCUUGCUGGGGACCCGAGGCAGAGGGCCGAGAUGCAGAGGAGGAGGGAUUCCCCGUGGCGGCCCUUGGAGCAGGGGGCGCAAGGGGCCCACUGGCCGAGGCACGUUCUCACCGCGCCCCCGCCUCGCCUUGAGCUCCCGGAGGCCCUGUGUCGCUGGGGUGGGGGUGGGGGCGCCCGAGUCCGAGGAUGGUGGAGGAACAGCCGUCCCCCCCGCCACACACACGUCCUCUGGGAGGAGACGCCCGCGCUCUGGGUGUGUGCGGGGAGCACCCGCUGACCACAGCGGUGCAGACAGGGGACUGCCGGGGCGGCGACGGAGUCCAGGACAUCGUGCCGGAAGACGGAGGGAGCCUUCCAUUACCCGCUCUGAGCCAACCUUCGGUAGCUGCCAGGAAAGAGGGCGCUCAGAAGGUGUUUGUGACAGCCUAGAGCCCUCCUGAUUCGAGAGCCUGCCAGGAUGGGGCCCCUGAGGCCCAGCCCAGGCCCCGGGGGGCAGCGGGUGCUGCUGCCCCCCUUGCUGCUGGCAGUGCUGCUUCUGCUGGCGGCAUCCCCAGGCCAUGCCACUCGGGUGGUGUACAAGGUGCUGGAGGAACAGCCACCCAACACCCUCAUUGGGAGCCUCGCAGCUGACUAUGGCUUUCCAGAUGUGGGCCACCUGUACAAACUAGAGGUAGGCGCCCCCUACCUGCGGGUGGACGGCAAGACGGGAGACAUCUUCACCACUGAGACGUCUAUUGACCGCGAGGGGCUCCGUGAAUGCCAGAACCAGCUCCCUGGUGAGCCUUGCAUCCUGGAGUUUGAGGUGUCUAUUACAGACCUGGUGCAGAACGGCAGUCCCCGGCUGUUAGAGGGCCAGAUAGAGGUACAGGACAUCAAUGACAACACGCCCAACUUCGCCUCGCCCGUCAUCACGCUACCCAUCCCCGAGAACACCAACAUCGGCUCACUCUUCCCCAUCCCGGUGGCUUCUGACCGCGACGCUGGCCCCAACGGUGUGGCAUCCUAUGAGCUGCAGGCCGGGCCCGAGGCCCAGGAGCUGUUUGGGCUUCAGGUGGCGGAGGACCAGGAGGGGAAGCAGCCACAGCUCAUCGUGAUGGGCAACCUGGACCGGGAGCGCUGGGAUUCCUAUGACCUCACCAUCAAGGUGCAGGACGGUGGCAGCCCCCCACGUGCCAGCAGUGCCCUGCUGCGAGUCACUGUCCUUGACACCAAUGACAACGCCCCCAAGUUCGAGCGGCCCUCCUACGAGGCUGAACUGUCCGAGAAUAGCCCCAUCGGCCACUCGGUCAUCCAGGUGAAGGCCAAUGACUCGGACCAAGGUGCCAACGCGGAGAUCGACUACACAUUCCACCAGGCGCCCGAGGUGGUGAGGCGUCUUCUGCGACUGGACAGGAACACUGGACUUAUCACUGUGCAGGGCCCUGUGGAUCGUGAGGACCUAAGUACCCUGCGCUUCUCGGUGCUCGCCAAGGACCGAGGCAUCAACCCCAAGAGUGCCCGUGCCCAAGUGGUGGUGACCGUGAAGGACAUGAACGACAAUGCCCCCACCAUAGAGAUCCGGGGCAUAGGGUUGGUGACCCAUCAAGACGGGAUGGCUAAUAUCUCGGAGGACGUGGCAGAGGAGACAGCCGUGGCCCUGGUGCAGGUAUCUGACCGAGAUGAGGGAGAGAAUGCAGCUGUCACCUGUGUGGUGGCAAAUGACGUGCCCUUCCAGCUACGCCAGGCCAGUGAGACGGGAAGUGACAGCAAAAAGAAAUACUUCCUGCAGACCACCACUCCACUCGACUACGAGAAGGUCAAAGACUACACCAUAGAGAUUGUGGCUGUGGACUCUGGCAACCCCCCGCUCUCCAGCACCAACUCGCUCAAGGUUCAGGUGGUGGACGUCAAUGACAACGCCCCUGUCUUCACCCAGAGCAUCACUGAGGUCGCCUUCCCAGAGAACAACAAGCCGGGUGAAGUGGUCGCCGAAGUCACCGCCAGCGAUGCUGACUCAGGCUCUAAUGCGGAGCUGGUUUACUCUCUGGAUCCUGAGCCAGCCGCCAAGGGCCUCUUCAGCAUCUCGCCUGACACUGGAGAGAUCCGGGUGAAGACAUCCCUUGAUCGGGAACAACGGGACAGCUAUGAGUUAAAGGUGGUGGCAGCUGACCGGGGCAGCCCCAGCCUGCAGGGCACAGCCACCGUCCUUGUCAAUGUGCUGGACUGCAAUGACAAUGACCCCAAGUUUAUGCUGAGUGGCUACAACUUCUCAGUGAUGGAGAACAUGCCGGCACUGAGUCCAGUGGGCAUGGUGACUGUCAUUGAUGGGGACAAAGGGGACAAUGCCCGGGUGCAGCUCACAGUGGAGCAGGACAAUGGUGACUUUGUUAUCCAAAAUGGUACGGGCACCAUCCUCUCCAGCCUGAGCUUUGAUCGGGAGCAUCAAAGCACCUAUACCUUCCAGCUGAAGGCGGUGGACGGUGGCGUCCCGCCUCGCUCAGCUUACGUCGGCGUCACCAUCAAUGUGCUGGAUGAGAAUGACAACGCGCCCUUUAUCACCGCCCCUUCCAACACCUCCCACCAGCUGUUGACCCCCCAGACACGUCUUGGUGAGACGGUCAGCCAGGUGACAGCUGAGGACAUCGACUCCGGUGUCAAUGCUGAGUUGACCUACAGCAUCGCUGGUGGCAACCCUUAUGGACUCUUCCAGAUUGGGUCGCACUCAGGAGCCAUCACGCUCGAGAAGGAGAUUGAGCGGCGCCACCACGGGCUGCACCGCCUGGUGGUGAAAGUCAGUGACCGGGGCAAGCCCCCGCGCUAUGGCACGGCCUUGGUCCACCUUUAUGUCAAUGAGACCCUGGCCAACCGCACGCUUCUGGAGACCCUGCUGGGCCACAGCCUGGACACGCCACUGGACAUCGACAUCGCUGGGGAUCCGGAGUACGAGCGCUCCAAGCAGCGGGGCAACAUCCUCUUUGGGGUGGUGGCCGGGGUGGUGGCCGUGGCCUUGCUCAUUGCCCUGGCGGUGCUUGUGCGCUACUGCCGGCAGCGGGAGGCCAAGAGUGGCUACCAGGCCGGUAAGAAGGAGACCAAGGACCUGUACGCCCCCAAGCCCAGCGGCAAAGCCUCCAAGGGAAACAAGGGCAAGGGCAAGAAGAGCAAGUCCCCGAAGCCUGUGAAGCCAGUGGAAGACGAGGACGAGGCCGGGCUGCAGAAAUCCCUCAAGUUCAACCUGAUGAGCGACGCGCCCGGAGACAGCCCCCGCAUCCACCUGCCGCUCAACUACCCCCCGGGCAGCCCCGACCUGGGCCGCCACUACCGCUCCAACUCCCCACUGCCUUCCAUCCAGCUGCAGCCCCAGUCACCCUCGGCCUCCAAGAAGCACCAGGUGGUGCAGGACCUGCCACCCGCAAACACAUUUGUGGGCACUGGUGACACCACGUCCACGGGCUCUGAGCAGUACUCCGACUACAGCUACCGCACCAACCCCCCCAAAUACCCCAGCAAGCAGUUACCUCACCGCCGCGUCACCUUCUCCGCCACCAGUCAGGCCCAAGAGCUGCAGGACCCGUCCCAGCACAGUUACUAUGACAGUGGCCUGGAGGAGUCUGAGACGCCAUCCAGCAAGUCAUCCUCGGGACCCCGACUCGGUCCCCUGGCUCUGCCUGAGGAUCACUAUGAGCGCACCACCCCCGAUGGCAGCAUAGGAGAGAUGGAGCACCCCGAGAACGACCUGCGCCCUUUGCCUGAUGUGGCCAUGACGGGCACAUGUACCCAGGAGUGCAGCGAGUUUGGCCACUCCGACACGUGCUGGAUGCCUGGCCAGUCGUCUCCCAGCCGCCGGACCAAGAGCAGCGCCCUCAAACUCUCCACCUUCGUGCCUUACCAGGACCGAGGAGGGCAGGAGCCUGUGGGCGCCGGCAGCCCCAGCCCCCCGGAAGACCGGAACACCAAAACGGCCCCCGUGCGCCUCCUGCCCUCCUACAGUGCCUUCUCCCACAGUAGCCAUGAUUCCUGCAAGGACUCGGCCACCUUGGAGGAAAUCCCCCUGACCCAGACCUCGGACUUCCCACCUGCAGCCACACCGGCAUCUGCCCAGACAGCCAAGCGCGAGAUCUACCUGUGAGCCCCCUUCUGGCCGGUGGCCAUGCCCCCUCCCCAGCCACCGGCCGGGUCCCAGUUGGGCCCAUUCCAGGGUCCUGCUCCUGACCCCUUCAGCGUGGACUUCCCGGCCAGGGCCCCAGGUGGGGGUGAGUACUGGCCUCAUGACCACGCAGGCCAUUCCCCCAAGCAGGGUCCAGGUCCUCUCUCCUCACUUCAUCCCCCAGCCCCUGGGAGACUUUCUUCCCCUUUAUGGGGCUCCCCCCAGCUGGUGCCCAAGAGGGCUCCUCUACAAUGACUAGGCUCCCUUCCCUCGACUUCCAGGGAGAACCCCCUCACUUUGGGCAGAUGGUGGAGUCAAGGGUGGGCAACACACUUUUAACUCAUUGUUUCCCACAUGGCCGACCAGGGCGGAGACAGGAUGUCCCCAUUCCAGCCCUGCUUCAGGGCUGAACUGGGGAGCCCCUCUCCCUGGGAACUUCCAGAGGAAACUCUUGACCACCAGGGGCUCCCUGAAGGGCUUUUGUUACCAAAGGUGGGGUGGGGAUGGGGGUGGGAGUGGGGCGGAGGCCUUGUCUUCCUAUACUGCUCCUGGGCUGGCCCACCUGCCUGCCACAUGCCCAUGCCUGAUCCCAUCUGGGCAGCCCCCUUCCCUGCUGGUCAUGCAGUGUCUGUAUAUAAGGACCUUGGAAUGAUGUCCCCAUUUCUGCCUGAUUUGCAACUUUUCUUGUUGAUGUUGUGUUGUCUUGGGGGACCCCUCUGGGGGGGGGAGGCUGCCCUGUGCCCCCUCCUCCCUGCCGCAGUGCCCCCCACCCCAGGCCUCUACUGUUCCAUGUUGUAAAUACCCCUGGGGCCGUAGUGGGAUGGGGGUGCAGGCCAGGGAAACAAUGGGUGGGUGGGGGUGGGGAUGGGGGUAACAUUCGCCUAUCAGCAGAGCUGGGCUUUUAUUUAAUUUUUUUUAAAAAUACAAAUCUCUAUUUUUUUGGAACUGUUGCGCUGUGCCCUGGGGGGGGAAAUCCCCACUCAGGCUGGUCCCCCCACAUCCAGAUGAGCAUCACAGAGGGGCCCUGAGGCUGUGGGGGGCAGCUGGACAGGGGUGGGAUGACUGUGCCUCUGGCCUGGUUGGGUGAGUUGGGAGCAGGAAGGUUUGCUCAAGGGGUGGCUGGUUGCUGCCUCUAAUAGGGGGAACCUGCACCCUGCCCCCUCCCUGCCCCCCACCCCCCAGCCCCUGCCAUGACUGACCCGUCAGCCUGUAAAACCACCAUUGCCUUGAUCUCAGGGGGUGGGAAGGGCUGCCUCAGGGCACCCUGGGCUCCAGGCCCCCUUCUUCCAGUUGGGCUUCCCUUUGCCAGGGUCAGGGGUCCCCUGGGGGAGGGGGUGGGCAGAUUGGGGGGCAGAGAAGCCCAGUCAGCCAUGAUGAGGUGGGAUUCCUUUCUGCACCUCAGGGGGCCAGGGUGUGAGGGGCAUCCUGUAGAGCCCUCAUCUCCCACUGUGGCCAUCUCAAAGCCUCAGUCCCUCUUCCUUCCAGAAACCCCCACUGCCUUGGCCCAUACCUCUCCAGCUCCCCAAGGGGCCCAGGCUGGGAGGCUGGAGACUCAGGGUAUGGCCCUUGCUUGACUUAGUCUAAGCUUGGGGGGCGGCCCAAGGGUGGGAGGGGUGGGUACAGGCUGCUGGGUCGUCUGGUGCCUUUGGGAGCUGUGCUGCUGGGGUCUUGGACUCCUGUAACCCCAGAGACCCCACUCCACCUCGGGAAAGCCAGGGGCCUGAAGAAUCACCCUAUUCUCUGCUCCUUGCCCCUAACUUGGGAUGGGGUAACAGUGCUGGGAAGGAGAGCAUUGUUAGGCUGGUAGCCUCAGCAUACACAGCCCUUCUACUGAGGGCAGAGGGUAGAGUGGGCUGGGGUGGCAGCAACCAGGUCUGGGGGUUGGCCAAAGGCUCCUUUCCCUGGGGGAGGCCCACAAGUGGGCUGGGGGCUUGAUAAAGAGAGAGCCCCCUUCCCCCCGCACAAACAGGGCAGGUGCAAUAGCGGUAGAGUUGGUAACAUGAUGUGCCCAGCUGGUGGGGCAAUGGCCUCAAGGGCUGUCCUGGGUCCUGGAGGUCAGGGUUCUGGCAAGAAGAUUGUAUGAGGCCCAUUUGCUUGGUGGAGAGGGUGGUCCAGAAAGGAGGCAUUCCUGGAGUCAGUGGGCUCCCCUGGAAGCCCCUGGUGGCCUGGGCACCCUGCCCUGGUCUUGGAGACCCCUGAGCACUGAGUGGAAGGGCAGAGGAGCAUUUUGCACAAUGGAGAAGCCAGAAGGAAGGGGGUAGCCCAGAUGGCUGGGAGGGCUGAGAAGCACAGAGGAGGAGCCCUUCCUACAGGCGAAGGCAGCGUCCCAGCCCCCUGGUUGGGGUCAGGGCACUGAGUCUGUCACCACCUGGGCACUCGAGAGGUGAAACCAAAGGUGGGCAGGGGACGGGUGACAGCACUGGGGACCACCCCAUUGGUCCUAGGUCUGUGAAGCCCUUCCCCAAUGCCUUGUGUCGCGUACAGUUUUAUGUACAAAUAGGCGACAUUUGGCCAGAGGAGACCCCCCCCCUCAAACCCAGCCUGACCCAGUCAGUGUCUUCCUAGAGGGGACCUAGUUGGUCCCCAACUCCCUACUUCAGAGCAUGUCUCUUGGUAGGGGGAGGGUACAUGGGGACAUUUCUCUCCUGGGGUCCCUGAAGCGUGUCUCACAUCCCUGGGGGAGGGUCUCUGGGGCAUCUCUCACCUCCGGGGGCUCCCUAGGCCCUUUCUCUCCCUUUGGGAGUCUCUGGAGGGACAUGUAUUCCCUCUGGGGACCAUGGGAGCAUGUCUCCCCCCUAUCCAGGCUCUCUGGGGAGCCUGUUUUCCUCCCAGGGUUCCUGGGAGUACUUAAGGCAUAUCAGUCUUGGGCCAUCUCUCUUCCCAGGGAAGGGGGCUAUCUCUGAAGCAUGUCUGGGAAGGGAUGUUUCUGGCCCUCCCUGCAUCUCUCCUCUGGGGGUGUCUCUGACCUGCAGCACUUUGGGAUGAGACUGGGCAGCUCUGAGUUGUCUUUUCUCCUGGAGGCUCUGGGAAACCUCUCUCCCGGGGAUCCGGCCUCUGGAGCCAUUUCCUCCCUGGGUGUGGGCUAUCUCCUGGUGUUGGGAAGGCUUAUGUUGGCCAUGAGAAAGUCUCUUAGGGGGCGUCUCCACGCGGGACUUCUCUGGGAGGGGGGGACUGUGUCUCGCCCAUGGGGUUCCCGGGCGGGUGUCUCUGCCCGUGGGGAGAGGGAGACUGUGUCUCCUCGGGUUAUCUGAGUGGGGAGGGGGGCCGCGUCUCUCUCGUGUGUUGGGGGGGUGGGGUUCGGGGAGGGGGGUUUUGGGCUCGUCGGGCGCCCACACUGGGGUCGUGUUUCUCUUGGUUCGUGCCACUUCCCACCGCCUCGCUCCUCCCGGGAAGGGCCCCCGCCCCGCCGCCACUCUCCCCCACCCCGCCCCAUCCCCGGCGCUGCGAGCACAAUCCCGUUGAUUUGUAACGAUUUCUGUCUCUUUCUGUCUUUCUCUUUCUCUGACCGCCCCCUCCCCCGCCGCGAGCAUGCGCAGGCACCGCCCUACCCCCUCCGGUUCGGUUCGUUUCCGGUUUGUUUGCUGAGCUGUCAAUGGAAGACCCGUGUAAUUAUUCCCGAGCUUUACAAUAAAAGUGUGAAAACCGGACCCCACCUCACUUCUUCCGGGCCCUCAGGCCUGCGUCCCGGGGAGAUGGGGGGCUAAGUCUGGGGUAGAGGCCCUGGAGGGGGCCAGGGGACGCGGCCGAGAGAAGAGGGACGAGGCCCAUUGAGAUUAAUCGGUGCCACUCCGGAAUGGGGGGGCAAAGGACGCAGAGCGAGGACAGACACCUACUCCGUGCAUGGCAAAGUGCC